AGCAGCGCAGUACGCGGUGCGCUACGGGAGCGUCUAGUUGUAAGAGCAGGUGUGCGUGUGUUGAGCGGAGCUGUCAGUGCCUUGGCUGGUGCAGCGAUUCCGACGGCUGCAGUCUUCAAUAGCGGUAUCAACAUAAUGCCGAACAUUAACAGAUGCACCUAAGUGGUAACAGCAGUCUUCAAUACUACUUUCCACAUUGCAAGCUGAUGUCCAGAGCAGGUGGAAAACAGCCAUGUGCGGAGUGUGAAAAACAUGAAACCUGCUUGAGCAAUGUGGCACUACAUUCAGAGAAAUUCUGGAUUUUCUGCAGGUCAGAUGUUUUGGUUGUCCAGUGGCUGUAUCAAGACAUACUAGGAGUCAACAUUUCAUUAAGUCUCCUACUACAGUGCCAAAGGUAACACCAGUUACCAGCAGAUCACCGAAAUUAAGAGCUGUUGGGCUUGGCUGGAAGGUGGAUGGAUGACCAUCUGGGUCUGCUGAUCAAGCGAGGUGCACUCAGCCCUUGUGAGGCCAAUUGAGGAGCUACUUGGUGGAGAAGCGGCAGCUUCGAUCCUGAAAACUUUCAAUGGCUGGGAAAGUGCUGUGGUGACCGAAUGCCCCUCCAUAUUCACAGGCACUGCAGUGACUGUUAUGAAAUAAGUGAAAUGUAUUUACAGUUCCAAACAUGGACUACUGUAUAAUGUACAGGGUAAUGGAAACAGUGAAAAUUUGUACUGGACUGGAAUUUGAACCUGGAUUUACUGCUUAUUGUGAACGGUCACUCCAGCAUUUGGCUAUCUGAUCAUGGCUCAUGGCCAGACACAAGCUUUCAUAAGUCAUCAACAAGUGUCUGCAGGUUGUACUUGUUCAUCCAUUAUGUGUAUUCCCAUACAGUGGAGGCAUUUUACUUGAAAAUCGCUUUCUCAGUGUCGGUGUAAAACCAAAAUGGGAGAACAAAACAAGGAAGGAGUUCGUCUGUCUGGAUAUUUAGAAAAGAAAGGGGGUAUGAAACUUAUACCUGCCUGGAAGCAAUAUUGGUUUGUUCUAAAAGGCCAGCUGCUGCUGUAUUACAGAUCUGAAGCUGAUUACCUAAAUAUCUCUGUACACAAGGGCUCUAUAAACAUGGGACUAGCAUCUAAUGUACGUCCAGGACUAAACCGACCAAAUAUAAUAGAGAUCAUCACUCGCACUCAGAUCGUCACACUGAGAACCAAAGAUCGCAGCACACAAGAACAAUGGCUUCAAGCUAUGCUGGAAUCAAUGGCAGUUCCCAAGUCUGCACGAAACAGCACUGUGCCUAUGCAUAUGCGAUACUCCUUAGACAAUUUACCUGUUGUAUCGAAAGAUGUACAAACUGCUGACAAUAACAACUGUGCAACAACUGUAGGGGAAAGCAAGGAUAGCAUUAUAGCCCGGAUAAAUAGACUGGGAGGUCGAUCAUAUGGAACAGGAAGUUUUGAAUCUGCCAUUCAUCGACACAGCAUUUCCCAUCGAGCAGCGCAGGAGACUGAGAAUGGUGCAGAAGUGGACAAUAGAAUUUCCCAAGAUGGCAGCUAUGUCUCUGAAUAUGCAUACAUAGAUAAUAAACUCUAUCACAGAUCACAAAGUGAUAGUAUACAAAAUAUAUCAUCUAGUGCUGCUGUGGUAAAAAAUAUAUCUGAGGAUGAAGAUGAUGAUGAUGAUGCAUAUGAACAACUUCCAGUUGAUAGUUUAAAAAAACAGGCACAACAUGAGCAGAGACACACUGACUCUUUAGAAAGAGAGCAACAUACUGUUUCAACAAUACAGGGAAACAGACCUCCUAUACUGGAACCAGAAUUACCUCCACGUUCACCCUCCAAACGUAAACAACAUGUUUCUGAUGCAGAGGAGGACUUGGAAUAUGCAGAGUGUUAUGAAGAGGUGGGGCUUAAUGAAAAUAAACAAGGGAGUGGGAAAGAAAAAGCAAAACUCAAGAAGAAAAAUUCUAAAAAGGUCAAGAGCAAAAAUAAGGAACUGAAACAGGAGCCGUUAAAUAAAGAAAAGAACAGCAAAAAUGGAAAGAGCAGUUUCUUUAAAUCAGUUUUUGGGCACUACCGCAAAAAAGCAGAGACAGAAAAAAUAAGUAGUGGUCCAGAUCAGGCAAUAACAGAUUUACCUGAAGAACCUGCAUAUGAGUCCGUUGAAUGCACUCCUGCCAUACCUGCUCCUGCUGAUGUUUCAGAGACUGAUUUGUCAGAAGUAUCACCAACCAAAGGAGUUUGCAAGAGAAGUUUACUGCCAAGUAUCACCUUAACAGAACUGCAACAGAAACUUAAAACCUAUGAUGACCACAAGGAUGCUGAAACAUCUAAUGCAGACAAUAAAGGCAAUAAUGGUAUUCCAGACGAUGAGCACACUGAAAAAUCAUCAGAGAGCAGCCCUCCCAGUCUGCCCCCACGCCGAAGUAUUGAGAGACGAUCAAGUUCUCCAUGGCAUGAUGUUCCUACAAACAAUUCACCUGUGGAUGGUGAUAGCAACAAAUUAACACUUAGUCAAGAACAGCAGGACUCACUGCUUGGCACUCCUCAAGGCUUUGCACUACUUAAGAGCAAGUGGCAGGCAGCAGAAAGGGGUGGUGAGUGGAACCCAGAGUUACAUCACCUUAAGUUGUUGCAGUCACCUGAUGAAGACGUGAAGAAAGAGGAUUCUGAUUCUAUGCCCAGUCUUAGCCACUUAUAUAGUAAGGUUGACAAGAAGUCAAAGACAAGUUUGGAUAAAAUGGACUCACAUGAACUAAACUUUCAGCCUGGAGAACAACAGUUAAUAAUACCAGUGUCACCUUCACAUAAAAUACCAUUCACGAGGACUGAUGUGAGAGAGGAACAACUAGAUGGGGACUAUGGUAUGAUGGAUACAAGUAGAGAAGACUCAAAGAAAGAGGAAGAAGACAAUUUUCAACAAGACAGUUUAAUGAGCUGUCUCUCAAGUGACAAAGAAUACAUCAUAUCUCGUGACUCAUUGCAGGAUAAGUCUCUGAGUUUAGAGUUACCUGCUGAUCAGAAGAAUGAGAGGCACAUUCAAGAACUGAAUAACAGGAACUCUAAUGAUCUAAAUAUUCUUCUAGCACAACUUGCUGAAAUUACUACAGCUCCCCUGUUGACACCAGGAGCAACUAGCAGUCUUGUAAACUAUCCAUACUCAGAUAUGAACGACAAGUUGGCACUGAUGGAGCCCAUACGGCGGCGGAGACAUUCAGAACCUGAUUAUGAUAUUCCUCGGCCACAUCAACCCUUAUUAAUUCAGCCACUUUCUGAUGCUGAAAGAUCACCAAAUUUGGACAAGAAGCAUAGAGAACGCCACCAGUAUGAGGAUGCUGUUAGCUGCAAUUUAAGCAUUAGUCCAGAUUCACUGGAACCAGUUCCGAGUCACUGAUAAAGAACUAUUUAGUUGUGUGUAGUGUAAAUUUGUAAAUGCUCAGUUGCAUUGACUGAAUUCAGAGACUGUAUAAAGCUAAUAUGAUUGUAAAUAAUGUAUGUAAUCAUGUAUUAAUAGUAUAGAACAUUAAACUUGAAAUGAGAUAUUUAAAAAUAAAAGCUGUUCUUUAUAUU